AAGAGAUAAAAAUUUGUCUAAAACAUGAAACGCUCAAAGACCAGCCUCAGUCCUGGCUUAGACCUGGUUUGGUUCUGGUUCAGUCAUGGUUCAGUCCUGGUUCGGUCGUGGUUCGGUGCUGGUUUGGUCCUGGUUUAGUUCUGGUUUGGUGCUGGUUUGGUCCUGGUUUAGUUCUGGUUUGGUGCUGGUUUGGUCCUGGUUGGGUCCUGGUUCGAUCCGGGUUCUGGUCCUGGGAGGACUGCUCGUGUUCUGGUUCUUCUCUCUCUCGGGGGCCCUGGCAGAAGACAACAGCUCAGAGCUCAGGUUGGUGGGAGGAGCCAGUCGCUGUGCUGGGAUUGUGGAGGUGAAACACGGAGGAGAGUGGAGACGAGUGGAGCCUUAUGGACACUGGGACCAGAAGGACACAGUGGCCGUGUGCAGAGACCUGGACUGUGGCUCUGCUCUUUAUGGAGAACAGAGAGAUGAUUUUCCUCUGAGUCCUGCAUGGGUGGUCAGAGCACACUGUGUGUGGAGGUCGUCACUGAGGGGAUGUGCCUCCGGGUCGUCCUCUUCUCCGUGGGGUGUGGAGGUGAAGUGUUCAGAGUCGGUGCGGUUGGUCUCGGGGUCCGGUCUGUGUUCAGGAUCAGUGCAGAUCUGGGACGGGUCCUGGACCGGGGUCUGUGACGGGGACUUGGACCAGCGGGGGGCAGAGGUGCUGUGCAGGGAGCUGAGCUGUGGGGCUCCUUCUCUCCUCCAGGGGGCGCUCUCUCCUCUGGGGCAGACGUUCCACUGUGAGGGACAUGAGUCUGCUCUGAUGGACUGUCCCCGCUCCAACUCAAGGACCUGCUCCUCUGGAGCCACUGUCAACCUCACCUGCUCAGAGUUGCUCAGGUUGGUGGGAGGAGCCAGUCGCUGUGCUGGGACUGUGGAGGUGAGACUCAGAGGAGAGUGGAGACGAGUGGAGCCUUAUGACCUCUGGGAGCCGGAGGACACAGCUGGUGUGUGCAGAGACCUGGACUGUGGCUCUGCUCUUUAUGGAGAACAAGGAGAUGAUUUUCCAGAGAGUCGUGCGUGGGUGGUCAGAUCUAACUGUGUGAAGAAGUCUUCAGUGAGAGAAUGUGUCUCUGGGUCAUCGUCCUCGUCUGUCUUGGGUGCGCAGGUCGUGUGUUCAGACUUUUUGAAUCGUCCAAUCAUCUCCGUGUCUGUGAGUGACGGGGCGUCCGAGCUCCAGCCUCAGGGGGUGCGGGUGCAGCUGGGCUCAAAGUUCAGGGUCAAAUGCUCCGUGGAGCCACAGUACCCGGGAGGCUCCUUCCGGCUCCUCUCUCCCGCCGCGCCCCCCGCUCAGAACCGCACCCUGCCCGCCGUCAAUCACUCCGCCCACUUCCUGUUCUCUGACGCUGACCACGCCCACAAAGGAAACUACACCUGUGUUUACCUCCUGCAGGUGUUCAACCACAACUUCUCCUCUCAGAGCCACACACUCCAGCUCUCUGUGGGAGAGUCAGACUCAGACCUGAUCAUCAGAGUCGUGGUGAUUCUUCUGUUGAAGCUCCUGUACAUCCUCCCAAUGUCCUACUGCUACUGCAAGGUCCGAGCGCGAAGAAUGACGACCUCAGACGGCCUGGAGUUAGACCUGUUCAGAUUCCCCUGAGACCUGGACUCAGAUCUGGACUUAGAUCUGGACUUAGACUUUGACUUAGACCUGGACUUAGACUUGGACCUGGACUUGGACUGAACAUGUGACUGAGGCUUUAACUGUUUGAUUCAUUUAAUGGUUUAAAGUUUAAAUUGUUUUAAUCAUAAUUGUUGAAGUUUUACUUCAUCAAAUAUUGUU